AUGACCUCCACGAUCAAAUUUAAAACAGACAGAGCGGAUUUGAACAAAUUUGAACCUGCAUGCGAGUCUUGUUCGAAAUCCUUCCCAACGUCUUGCAAUGUCAUCAAAGAAACCUCAAACAUCCAAAAAGAAAUCCGCUGUGCGGCCAACGACUCCAUCCCCCUGUCCUCAACUAAACCAGUAAAACCAGCCCCUUUAUGGUGGAACAAUGAUAUUGCAUCCCUUAGGCAAGCUAAGCAACAUGCGUGGCAUAAUUUCAAACGCAACCGAUCGUCCACAAAUCUCGUUCAAUUCAAAAAACUGAACGCGCAAUUUCAUCGGAAAAUCGAAGACGCCAAGCUCGUCUGUUUUCAAAAAUUCACCAGCAACAUUACUGCAGCAUCUGACCCUAAGAAAAUCUGGGCCGACAUAAAAACUGGUUAACCUUCCAAUUCCCACAUCAACUCCCUUAACUCCACUCACGGCAGUCUUGUAUAUCCCCGGGAAAUUGCUCAAGAACUCACCAGCCACUUUUCUAACGGCUCCUCUGACCACACCUUGCCCCCCGAUUUUAUCACCUGUAAUCACUUNACCAGCCACUUUUCUAACGGCUCCUCUGACCACACCUUGCCACCGAUUUUAUCACCU